GCGACUACUAAGUUUUUAUGUUUAUGAUAUUUCUAUAUCCAUAUUUUUUGACUGUUUGCAUGCUCUUUCGGGCCGUGAUACCCCAUGUAUGUGUUUAAUUAUCAUCCGUGUUAUUAUCCCUACACUUAGGUUACAAUUUGUAUGUAAAAAAAGUUUCGUAAAGUGAUAUACUAUAAGAAUGACUGAAUCAAUAAUUACGAAAGAUACUUUGGACAAGAACCUCGAAGACUUUGAAAUACAGGAAGUUUUAAAAAAUGGCACAGAUUUACGAGAAUACGCAUUACAAAUUGAUAAGGGGAUCAAAGAAGCUGAAAAAAGUUCAGUUGCCGAUUAUUUGAGAGAGAGCGAAAACAUCGCCUCUCUGCAUGGUCAGAUUGAGGAAUGCGACGGUAUAUUAGCUCGCAUGGAAAGUAUGCUAUUAGUGUUCCAAAAUGAUUUAGGAAGUAUAAGCAAUGAGAUCAUCAGUUUACAAAAGCGAUCUGUCAACAUGUCAGUACAACUUUCAAACAGACAAGCACUCAAAGGACCACUGUCCUCAUUUAUAGAGGACAUGGCUGUAUCUGAAACACUUAUAUUUGGAAUUAAUAAUGUUCCUGUAAUUGAUAAAGAAUUUAUGGUCCAAUUGGCAAUAUUGAAUCAAAAAAUAAACUUUGUUAAAGAACAAGAUUUCAAAGAAACUAAAGCCUGCCAUGAUGUAAAGGAUGUAUUGGAGAAGUUGAAAAUAAAAGCUGUAGCAAAAAUAAGAACAUAUAUCUUGGAACAAAUAUAUAAAUUCCGUAAACCAAUGGCUAAUUAUCAAAUACCUCAAAAUGCGAUGCUGAAAUACAAGUUUUUCUUUGAGUUUGUUUUAACUAAUGAGCGAAAUGUUGCUCAGGAAAUAUGUAAUGAAUAUAUUGACACUUUGAGCAAAGUUUAUUAUUCUUAUUUUAAAUCAUAUGCAUCAAGAUUAGAUAAACUUAAAUAUGAAGAAGUUCCUACAAAAGAUGAUCUAAUGGGAAUCGAAGAUGGUUCUAAAGGAGGAUUUUUUCAAAAAACAAAUCUAAAAAAUAAAAGUACCAUCUUUACUAUUGGUAACCGAGGUGAUGUUCUUGCACAACAGUUGGAAGCCCCAAUCAUUGUUCCUCAUGCUCAGCAGAAGAUGAAAUACUCCUAUGAAGCAUUGUUCAGAAGCUUGCAAUAUGCUCUGGUAGAUAACAGCUGCAGGGAAUAUUUAUUUACUACUGAAUUUUUUCACGUAAAGGCUAGUCAUGCUCAGGAACUUUUUGAUAGAAUAUUGGGAAAAACACUAUCAUUACUUGUGAAAAGUGUAGAAAACUAUGUACUGGAAUGUUACGAUUGUUUGGCACUAUUUUUAUGCAUACAAUUAAUAAACCGUUAUAAAUGGAUGUGCCACAAAAGAGCUGUACCUGCACUAGACAGUUAUUGGGAUUCGCUAUUAAGUGCAUUGUAUCCCAGAUUAGAAUAUGUUUUGAAACUAAAUAUCCAAAGUGUCAGAGAAUGUGAUCCUGCUAAGUUAUCUAACAAAGAACUUGGCCCCCAUUAUAUAACUCGGAGAUAUGCAGAAUUUUCCGCUGCAAUGCUGAGUUUAAGCGAACAGUUUCCAUCUGAAGAAUUAAAUAAUCUCUUAUUAUUGUUACAAGACGAAGUACAUUGUUUCUUAUUAAAAAUGGCAGCCGAGUUUUCACAGAGGAUUCAACAGCUUAUAUUUUUGAUAAAUAAUUAUGAUAUGGUUCUAAGUAUAUUAAUGGAAAGGACCAGAGACAAUACAAAAGAGGCGGAAAGCUUUAGAGAACAAUUACAGGCAAGAAGUACAGAAUAUGUUGAAGAAAUAUUAAGUCCACAUUUCGGUGGUCUGAUGCAGUUUGUAAAAGAAGGUGAACAGUUACUCGAAAAUGGCAAAACAAAUGAGUUAGCGACUUUAGAAAAGAAAUCAAUGUCUUUGGUGGCAUCUUUCACAGCCGGCUGGAAACAAAGUCUUGAAGAAAUUCAUAGAGAAGUUCUCGUCUCAUUCCCCAAUCUCGUCACAGGAUCGGGAUUAUUGCAAAUGGCUCUCACCAACUUUGUACAGUAUUAUCAUAAAUUUGUUAAAUUAUUAACACCCAAUGCACGUACCCAGUUGGUCAACAUUCACGUUAUAAUGGUUGAAAUAAAGAAAUAUAAAACGAAUUAUUAACUUAUUUAAUUUAGUAAUUCAUUUAUCUCGUUAUUGACAUGUAUUUAAAAAGAAAUUUAUUGUAAGUUGUAUGUUUA